CAUAUUUUUUAGAGCGGAGUAAAUGAAUUCCACAUGACCUCUGCGAUAGACGUGGUUCCUAUUUAUAAAAAUGCGAAUCAUAUCUAGUAUUCUGGAUGAAGGAAAAGUAAGAUCACACACAUUUGAAAGUCUUUAUAAUGAGCUACAUAAAAAGUUUGACCCUGCUGAUUAUUUUAAAGUUGGAACAUUUUUGGUUGUACUACUUCAGCAAGAUCUUUUAAAGGAAGCUGAACAAAAAUUGGUCGCUAUUACCCUACUGCAUGAACUUUACAGGGGAGAACCAUUACCAAAUACCCCAUUUGCUAAUGUUUUCAUACAUCUUUUGCACCCUCCAGAACAUCAGAGUAGUGUAGGAGCACCAAAAUUGGAAUAUCCAGGCCAACUGCCUAGACUGUCUGCACCAGAAAAAUAUUUCCUAACACAAUUAUUAUCAGAUGUCCCAAAAGAUGCAAUCCUUAAAAAAACAGCAACACAAGUUGUCAAUGCAGAUGUAGGCAAUUUUCAAGCUGCUGAUUUUUCCAUGAUUGAAUUAUUAUUGGCAGAAAAACAAUCAGAACUGCCACAAACAUGCAAAACAGGCAUUCCUAUUAUACUGUCUUUGCCAGAAAAGACAAAUAAUUAUAGUGCAGACACAUUGGAGUAUGAAGUCUUAGUUAAAAAAAUCGCGUCUGGUGAAAAUGCAUACAUGAAUAAAGUUUACAGACCUGAAUUUGUAAUACUGGCACCUCCUUUGUUAGAUACACAAGAUGAACUUGUGUGGUUAAACCCUACAAAUCCUCAAGAACAUACCAUUGCUUAUGAUGUCACCAUGUGUGUACCUGAUACAGCUGGUCAGGAAGCCAGGCAAUUAAUGAAUAAAGCUUACAAAUCUGCACUCUCAAUUCAACAACAACAACAAUUGCUAGCUGAAUUGGAAAGUGAUUCUAAACUUGUGUACCAUAUUGGACUGACCCCAUCAAAGUUACCUGAACUGGUGGAAAACAAUCCACUGAUUGCAAUUGAAGUUUUAUUAAAAUUAAUGCAGUCCAAACAGAUCACAGAAUACUUCAGUGUCCUUGUGAACAUGGAAAUGUCACUACAUUCCAUGGAAGUAGUAAACAGACUUACAACAACAGUAGAUUUACCCACAGAAUUUGUACAUUUGUAUAUUUCAAACUGUAUAUCAACAUGUGAGACAAUCAAAGACAGGUACAUGCAAAAUAGGUUAGUCCGCCUAGUUUGUGUCUUCUUACAAUCACUAAUACGGAACAAAAUCAUCAAUGUGCAAGAAUUAUUCAUCGAAGUACAAGCGUUUUGCAUUGAAUUUAGCAGAAUUAGAGAAGCAGCCGCUUUGUUUAGGCUUCUCAAACAGUUAGAAUCUGGAGAUAUCGGACUGGUUUCAUCACCCACCAUCAACAGCAAAAGCAAACUAGAGGGAUGACUAUUUUGUAUGACAAAUUAAGAUUCACGCUUUGUUUUGAAUUUUUAAUGAAAUUGUAUGUUACAUCUCGGUAAAUCGCUUCGCAACUGAUUCAUAACCUUUUCUUUGUCUUUAACAUAUGGUAAAUUCACUAAAAUUAACUCCUCUAAAUGUCUUAACACAGUUAGAUAAAGCAAACCCUUCUCUGUUAUAUUCAUACAUUCACUAAUUCGUAGAGACCUUAACGAGUUUUCUAGCGGCGACAAACCUUUAAGAGCCUGAUUUUCCAAAUAACUACAUUUAUGAAAAUUAAUUUUUCUUAUGUGUUUACAUCCAACAAAAUGUUCAAAACCGUAAUGCAUUACGCUGGCUUCUGUAGCGUCAACUUCAAUGAUGUAUACUUUUGUUUCAUCACACGGUAACUUAUUAUAGUCUGUUAUAAAAUCGUACUCGUUGACCCAUUUGACGAAAGCCCCGUUCCUCAACAACCAUUCCGCACAAGUUCGAUCAGGUCCCACUUCCUUCCGUCUAUCUUCAUCUACUUGAUUGAAAACUUUAUUUAACCAAUUGUAAAAAGUCUGCCGUCGUAAGACAAGAGGCGUGUAAACAGUCUUUAUGUAAUUUUGAAGCAUAUUCAUAAAAGUGUACACUAUUUUCUUAUGUCAACGUUUCUCCUUUGGUGACCUUGAAAAAUGUAAAUAUCAAGAUUUGGACGUUCGAAUAAAUUCCGCCAGCUUACACAAGCUUCCAAGUAGUCAAUUUUUCUUUCCAAAGUUGUUAACUUUUCAUUCAACACUGCAAGUUUUGAUCGACAAGAUAGAUCUAAAAACAAAUAACUGUCAAAGUGAGUCAACAUUGCGUACUUACUUACCGAACGAGUUAAGGAAAUCGGUGAUUUUUUUUAUACUGACUGUAAUUACUUCAAUGUACUCCCUGUUUACCCAAUCUUGUUGUAUUGGUUUUGGCACUGUGUCUCCUCUUGGCGUUGCCAUUUCCAGAAAUAAACAAAGCACAUGAAAGUUCAAUGAAACGAGUUUUCAACGUUAAAAACAAUGAUACAUUCACGACUUUUUAACGCUGUCAAAA